AUGACAGUUACAAUUACAGUUAAAGUUAAAGUGUCCGCGCAGUCACAAAGCCUGCAGCUCCCAACAUCCCGACCUAAAGCGCAUGAGGACCUGCUUGGGGAGGGCGGUCCCCGCGUGAAUGAGCCACCCAGGGCACGCGCCCUCCCAGGGCGGUGCCUCCAUCCAUUUGUGGUAAUUGCACGCCUUGACCCCGGUGACCCCGGCGGGCAAACCCCUGAACCGGACGUCAAGAAGCCGGGGCCAAGACACCAACUGGGUUUGCUGGCUGCAAUAAAAAGAGGACCUAUAACGAGCAGCGCCCAUGUCGUGAAGAGGGCGACCCCCAGCAGUCCUGACACACUCAGAGCCCUCAAGCGGCUCGCAGUCUUAGCUUAUUCUCACAUAGCCGAUUCGCAAGCAUUUGGAACUCUCUUAUUUCAGGCCUUCACGGUCUGCGUUUCCGCGGACACCAAUUUUUUCCUUGACUUGGCCGGGGUCCUGGGGCUGUCGACUCCUGGGGAGCUCGUCAAACUAGGUGUAACAGCGUAUCAUCUCCCAGGGCCGGCUGCUAAACAGCAAGGCCUUGCAGUUGUUCGGGCGGCACUUAGCAACCCGGAGGCAGCAUUGGUUCGGAUAUCACCAGCGUUGCUUCCAAAAUUUACUGCGUUACUGGCGACUGAACGGUCGCAACUCGGCGAGUUUGUAGCUCUUGCCCAGCAGAUUGCUGAAGGCUCCGCGGCUCGUGGAUCCCCCGUCCACGCAGCUCUGUUAAAUCCACACGCGUCGCUUGUGGAUCCUCUCAUUGAGGAUAGCUCUGUCCAGGCUUCCGACAGCUUGCUGACGAUGGCUUCCGAGGGGACUGGUUCCGCAGCAGUUCAGAACGUUUUGGAGGGUUAUCAUGGCAGCCUUGCCGCCCUUAUGCAAGAGUUCGGUUACGCUGUGUCGGCAGACGAGGCCUGUUUUAAGGCUCUUCUACGACAGGUGCCCGAGCCACCCUCGGAGGAGGUGGUCGCUGAGAUACUGCUGAUGAUGGCUCGAACUCACACCGGACUAAAGGAGUCGGAGCCCGGGCUGCAUUUUUCACUCUGGGUGACGCUGAAUCUGGGAAACCCUCCCCCAAGAUCGGUUACAGUAACCACCUGGAACUGGCCAUUAGUGGUGGAUUGCCUCAAGUCUCACCCGCCAGGGCAACCAAGCAGGCUUAACUGGGCUAAAGUGGCCGAGUGCUUGGAUUGCGAACGUGCCCUGCUACCCGACGCUGCAGCAUUCACCCUAUUGGCAUCAGCGUUUCGCCGUGGUGCCGGGGAACAGUUGCCUGUAGCAGCUUUAACGCGCAUGUGGAAGCACCCUGCCUGUCAGCUGUCUUUCCUGAAGGCGGCAUCGGUGGCGCCGCCUGACGUGUUCAGCUUUGAGAGCUCAAAGCGUCUGGUGACUCUUCUCGAGGGCAUGGACGUGGCAGCGCUUAGUCCGAACCGUGCUUGGGCGUCGGUCGACCUACUUCAGGCACUGUGUAUGCUCAUGGAAAGUGCAGGGCUUGUGGGCCCAGCUCGGGAUGUGCUUCAGUUUCCUGCCGCAACCUGCCCUGACCUCCUGCUGAUCACAAUUGCGGAAACACGUACGGACUGGAACUUGCUUCAGCGAGAUGUCUUUGCGGCCCUUCUGCCGCAGCAUGUCGCCUUGGCAGCAGCAAGCACGGGCGCAGUGAAUGGCAAGCGCAGCCGCGAGCUGCUGACGCGUGUAUGGUCCGCAGCACCACCCACGGUAUUGCUGGACCUUCUUAUUGAACUUUAUGCACAGGACCCAGCACACAUGACGUCCCGAAUCGCGAAAGUCUGCGCGGACCUCGGUGUUCUCCCCCAGGUCCUGGCGAAUACGCCUAUUGCUUUCGCCCUUGAGCUUGCCGCCUUCGCUGGCGGUGCCGGCAUGAUUAACUUGGAGGCCUGGCUAUCAGAUUACUGCAAUCGGGAUUCCAUGACCGCCAUACCCAGUAUGCUGCGGUACGUCGUGGACAAAACAUCUGAUCCUCCAGGUGGCACGACGGUAGGCGGUGCACCUGGAGUACCGGGUGCCAGUGCGGAUGUCAGGCGUGGCGUGCCGUUAAACGCAGACGCUGCACGUGCCUUCCUAAAAGUCCUGCAGGCCUCAGCGCAGGGGCUUCCCGUGGAAAUGCUCCGAGAACUUCAGGCGGUCCAAUCCAACCUGGCAAAGCAGUUUCCCUCUCUAACGGCGCACAUCACCACUCUGUCCACCUCGGAUACUUUCGCUAGUGACGUUGAGGAGGAGGCGAACAGCUACUUCCAGGCGAUCUAUAACGAGGCACGCCCGAUAGAGGAGAUUAUUGUUCGCAUGCAAGCAUACAAAUCCUCGCUCAACCCCCGCGAGCAGGAAGUGUUUGCCUGCAUGAUCCACAACCUCUUCGAUGAGUAUCGGUUCUUUUCGCGCUAUCCGGAUCGAGAGCUGUUUAUUACAGCAACCUUGUUUGGUUCGCUUAUAAAGCACGGUCUUGUCAGCAGCAUCACCCUGGGGAUGGCGUUGCGCUAUGUACUUGACGCUUUGCGCAAGCCAGCACCAUCUAAGAUGUUUACUUUUGGAAUUGAGGCCUUGCGGCAGUUUGUGCACAUGAUCGCUCCGUGGCCGCAGUUCUGCGCAGCUCUAUUAUCCAAUCCCCAAUUACGGGAGGCGGACGCGGAGCUGUACGCGCGCGUGGAGCAAGCCCAGCAAGCUGGCGGUGUCACAGGCAAUGGUACACUCCCUGGCCUGCCCCCGGUCGGAGCAGGUGGUGCACCUCAGGGCGGAUCCGCUUCUGCGGUGGAUCAGCCACGGCAGCAGCAAGUACCGGGCCAGCCACAGCAGCAUAGCCACAUGGGAGCGCUGGAGGCGAACACUCAUGGGUCAUCACGUUUCCUUAAUCUUCAGCCAGCCGAUAAUACUGCACGCGCUGCGGCGGGCCAGGAAGACGAGGCAUCUGUUGCAGCGGCAGGUCCUUCCAUCACGCGGAACGCCAAGGACGCCGUCGCGUCGGCAAGGGCGACUGUGGGUGCAGCGACCGGAGGCGGCGAGCCCUCCAUGUCAAACGCAGCUCCGGCUGGUGGCAAGGGCGGAGCGCGGGAGCUGAAUGCAGGCGGUGGCGGUCUAGCAUCAGUGCCGGCCGCUUCUGGUGGACAGGCGCCACAACCAAGCAACACAAGCCUUUCUGGUGAAGGGGAGGGCGCAGGUAUGUACCUGGCUGCGCAAGUUGCUGCGGCAUCACUGUCAGCACCCAUGGGACCGUCUCUGGCGGCUCUUGUGAACACCGAGAGUCUGGAGAGCGCAGCGGAAAAGUAUCGCGAUUUUAAAGAGCCUCCAGAAGCUGUGGCUGACAAGGUUCACUUCGUCAUGAACAACAUAACUAAGGACAACAUGGAGUCGCGGAGCGUAGAAAUUCGCGAUCGUGUCUGGCCUGAUUACCUUGCCUGGUUUGCCAACUACAUGGUAGUGAAGCGAGCGGCUCAGGAGGCUAACUUCCAUACGUUAUACGUGUCUCUCCUGGAUCACCUGAACGACCGCGAGCUAUAUCGCUUGAUGGUCAAGACCACCAUGUACUACGUUAAGGUGCUGCUGUACUCGGAGCGCAUUUUGAAGGAGUCCAACGAUCGUGCACUGCUGAAGAACCUGGGCACCUGGCUGGGGCUCCUGACGUUUGCACGCAACAAGCCGGUGUUAAGCCGCGAUUUGGAGCUUAAGCAGGUUAUCUGCGAGGCGUACCAGCGGGGCCGCCUCAUUGCUGUUUUGCCGUUCGUGCAGAAGUUGCUGGAGGGCUGCAGGCAUAGCCGCGUCUUCAAGCCCACGAAUCCUAUGGUAGCAGCGAUUUUGUCUCUGCUGGCGGAGUUGCACGCAAUGAAGGUGAUUGGUUUGCAUGGGGUUCCGGGCUCUGCCACUGGCCCCUGCCGGUGUCAGCCCGGAUUCGGGUGUAUUGCAAGGUCACUGAGGAACGGUGCUGGCGGAUGUUGGUCUUGCACUUAUAGGAGGGUCGGCGGUGGCAUCCAGUUUAGUUGCGCUGCACGAUUUACAUGCGCGAUUUGCACACCUAACAAUCAUGAUCGAAUUUGUUUGCGCCAGGGUCUCAAAAUGAACAACGCCUUCUCGAUUGAGCUAAUUUUCAAGGCAUUUGGCCUGAGCCCACAUGAUGUAAAGCCAGCGGAUACCCUUAAGACGCUGCCACGAGAGCGGAUAACGAACCCUGACUGGCAGCUCGAGCAACUGCCAACGGAGAUGCCGCCGCAACCUGUUUCUGACGGACCUACCAGCUCCGCUCCUGCGACCGUUUCAACUUCUGUGGGCAAGCCGAGUGUGCCGUCGUCACCGGCGCCGCCUUCCGCGCCGCCAUCAACGGCGCCUCCGUCGUCACCGGGUCCCAUGUCCGGUACGGGGCUGCGCUCGUCAUCCGGUGUGCAGCUGCCGCCAGGGGCCACGUCGGCCGGUGGUCCUGGUUCGAUCGACACAGUGCCAAAGGUAAUGCCGGCGCCCCCACAAGUCCCAGCUGUCCCAGAGCAGCUACAGCCGCAGCAACCACAGCAGUCGAUGGCUUACGGUAUGCCAGGUGCGGCCAUGCCGCCGGGGGUCACCGCGCCCGCUGCAGCAGUGGCAGCCGCGGCUGCAGCUGCACGCGCGCCUGGCAUGGCAGGUGCGCCCGGUCUGCCACCUGACGCGGGACUGUUUGCGAACCUUCACCAGCACGUCAUUAUUAACCCAUCCCUGGGCGACAUCGGCGAGCGUCUGCUGUUGAAGCGGCAUGUACCGGCUGCAGUGGACCGCGCUAUCGGCGAGAUCAUCACUCCGGUGGUUGAGCGCAGCGUCACGAUUGCCUGCUACACCACGUACGAGCUGGUGCUUAAGGACUUCGCGGGUGACGGCGACGAGAACAAGUUGCGCAAGGCGGCACACUUAAUGGUCUCGUCCCUGGCAGGCUCACUGAGUCUGGUGACAGCGAAAGAUCCGCUACGAAUUUCCCUUACCAACCAGCUGCGACAGAUGCUUCAGCCGCAAGUGGCUGACGCAGCCAUGCUCGACCAAAUCAUCAGCGUUCUGGUUACGGACAACCUGGACCUGGGUUGUAACCUCAUUGAGCGGGCUGCCACUGAUAAGGCCGUCCGAGACAUUGACAAGAGCCUGCAGGCUGCUUAUGAGGAGCGCGCGAAAGCUCGUGCGGCCGGCAAGCAGUGGGUAGAUGCGGCUGCGUUCCACGGCGCGGGGUCCAGGUUCCCUGGUAGCUUGCCGGAAAGUCUCCGGCCCCGCCCCGGUGGCAUUAAUCUCCAGCACAUCCGUGUAUAUGAGGAUUUCACCCGAAUCCCACGUACUCCGCCAAUCCCUACAUCGCCUGCGCUGGCGGUCGGUUCGAAUCAAGCCCUCGUGGCUCCGGGCCCGGGAGCUCCGCCGCCACCUCCAGGGGUCUCCCCCCGCCCACCGGGUGCAUAUGCAGUAGCCGGGGCUCCUCCUGGUUCGUUCCAGGCGGUGGACGCCGCUGUCGCUGGGAAGGACGCUAACCCCACAGCAGACCACUCGGACUUGCAGGCCCUCUUGGCGGAGCUGAGCGAGGCGCUGACGUCAGGUGCCGCGCCGCCCGAGGAUGCGGCGGUCUUCUUCGCUCGCCGCAUCCUCAAGCACCUGUAUGACUCGGUCGCUGCCGCGUCAGGUUCCAAGCUGUCGGUGUCCUUCCACGGCGCCUGCCUGGAGCUGCUCAACAAUAUGGUGCCUGGUGGGCGCGUCGUUAACGAGUUGACAAUGGCGUACCUGAGCGCUGAUGACGAGCGCAAGUUCAACCCGGCUCUAAUGGAGAUGCUCUUGCGUCUUCGUUUCCUGAACAUGCUGGAGCUCGAUGCCUAUCUAUCGAAGCUGUUGCAGACGCCGGUGUCUCGUACACAGGCGGUGUCGGACCUCGUAUAUUUUCUGCUGCGCGCUAUGACGCUGCGCGAUGGUGGUGUGGUGGUAUUCACGGAUUUGCCGCUCACCAUGGAGCUGCUGGGCAGGAUGGCAGCCGCCAACCCUCCAUUGGCUAGCUUGGUGGAGGCAGCGCGGAAGGCCGCUGUUGCCCCGGUCCUCAGCCGUUCACCAGCCGAAAUCCCCGGUGCGGUUCGUGAGAAGGCUGCCGAUCCGCCUGGCCUUCGCGACCAGUCGCUGAAGCUGUUCGAGGACUGGGUCCACCUCCUGAACAUGCAUGCCGAGGAUAAGGCAUUGCAUGGCUUCCUGAACGGCCAAGUCCGGGCCGCUGGAGUGCUCAAGAUGGAUGACACGACUGAUCGCUUCUUGCGGACGCUUACUGAGCUGGCGGUUGCACACUGCUUGGCGUCGGCAGAGGCCGCAGCAGCGGCAGCGGCUGCUGGUGCCGGUGCUCGUCCAGAGGCCGUGGGCUCGGCGAACAGCGCAGAUGGGGUGAAUGCCGCCACACCACCACCCGCUGCUGACCAGGCCAGUCAGCUCCGUUACCUGCGGGCCUGUGGUGUGGCUCUACACGCACUGCAGCCGCUAUCGGUACCCGGCUUUGCAUUUGGCUGGCUUGAACUUAUCUCGCACCGCUCCUUCAUGCCACGUGUGUUAACUGCGCCGCUGGCAAGCGGGUGGCCACUGUUUGCGUCCCUGCUGAUUGCGCUCUUGCGCUUCUUGGAGCCCUACCUACGUGCGGCGGACCUUUCGGAGUCGAUCAAGCAGCUUUACAAGGGCUGCCUGCGAUUGCUGCUGGUUCUCCUGCACGAUUUCCCGGAGUUCCUCUGCGAGCAUCAUUUCAGCCUGUGCGAGGCGAUUCCACCGCCAGCCGUUCAGAUGCGCAACCUGGUCCUGUCAGCCUUCCCCCGUAACAUGCGGCUGCCAGACCCUUUCACACCGAACUUGAAGGUGGAUCUACUGCCUGAAAUUCAGCAGCUUCCGCGCAUUGUGCCAGAUCCGGAGCAGCUGCUUCCAGAGGCGCUUCGCCAGCAGGAGCUGGCCAAGCGCUGUAUGAUGAUGCCGGGGUCUGCGGACAAGAUUGGCAGUCCGGGUGGUCCGGGUGCACUGCUGGGUGGUUCAAGCAGCGGACUGACGUACAACGUGCCACUGAUCAACGCCCUUGUGCUGUACAUUGGCUCGCAGGCCAAGACGGUGUCCAGCCCAUUGCAUCCAGGAGCACAGGAGAUGUACGUGCGCAUGGCGGGUGAACUGGACGCGGAGGGCCGCUACCUGCUGCUCAAUGCCAUGGCCAAUCAGUUGCGCUACCCCAAUGCGCACACAUAUUACUUCUCCUGUACGCUGCUAACUCUUUUCCUAGAAUCCAAGAGUGAGGGAUUGAAGGAGCAGAUUACGCGCACGCUUCUGGAGAGGCUCAUUGUGAAUCGGCCGCAUCCGUGGGGCCUGUUGAUUACCUUCAUCGAGCUGAUCAAGAACAGGCGAUACAACUUCUGGGCACACAGCUUCACCAAGUGCGCGCCGGAAAUUGAGAAUCUGUUCACCUCGGUCUCGCGGAGCUGCUUGGGCACCAACCGGGCUGAGGAGGAGGCGGCAGCGGCGGCGCAUGGGAAGGAGGCUGUAGCAAUACUUGGCCCGGAGGCCUCAACCACCGCCUCCUUACCAAGGGCUGAACUCCCCCUGCCCAAUCACCAAAGCAUAGGGGGCCCAGAUGUACAUAUGCGUACCACCAACGAGCCCUCAGGUAAUUCGCCAGCGUCAGCCCCAGCUGCCGCAUCGGAUCAGCCGCCCGCGCGCAUCAGCCUGAAGGACUGCCGCUCCCGAGCUUGCGCUGGAGUGGUGGACUCCUUCAAGCGAGCCCUACGGCCCCGGGGUGAAGUGGCGUUGGAGGGGCCAGCCAGGGACCCCGGCUCCGCCGGGCUGGCUGCGUUCGCCGCGCAGACCGCUGCCGCUACAGACCGGCAGGAUGAGGCGCUGGCAGCAGCAGCAGCAGCAGCAGGUGGCGCUGACGCGGCCGGUGGCUGUCCUCCAGACACGUGGCAGUUGGGUCGCGCCACGUGGACCUUCCUUCACAGCAUGGCUGCAGCCUACCCUGAGCAGCCCUCCCCGCGGCAGCAGGAGCUGAUGCGCUACAUGAUGGAGGGGCUGGCGGAGUUCUACCCCUGCGAGGUCUGCGCGGAGCACCUCAGGGAGCAGGUUCGCCGCAGGCCCCCCCGGGUGGCCUCCGCGAAGGACCUCAACAUGUGGCUGUGCGGCAUUCACAACGAGGUUAACGAGAUGCUUGGGAAGCCGCUGUUCGACUGCAAUCUUCUAAUGGAGCGCUGGCGGGACGGGCCCCCGGACGGGUCGUGCGACUGAGGCGGGCUGGGCUCCGAUGGCGUAGAUUGGAAGCCAGCAACCAAUGGCUUUGGCGCCUGGGCAGGGGCUUGUUCAGCGUUACAGCUACGCGGCUGCUUUACCCCUGCAAGGCUGCAGUGUAACAAAAGCACAC